UAAUGAAUUUGGAUCAAACAUCUUGGUACAUAUUCGCCAGUGACUAGAGAAAGAUCGAGAGGCAAGGCUCUUCAGCAUCUUUUGAAACAAAUCACCGUUGAUCGAUAACCAGAUUGCGAGAUAAUUCCUCUUGCUUGAUAGAUAUCGCCAGUCAUUUUGGGGAAAUUAUGGUGUCGGUAGACACGUUGGAUAAGCAGGAGGAAGUGCGUUUGAUGGCUUCGGAUUCCCUCUCCAAAGAGGAAGAAGAUGAUGCAAAAGGAGGAGACACGGUGUCGUUGUCUACAUGCUCCAUGAGCACAAACCCCAAUACCACACCAGAAAACCCACUCUUCGCUGCAUCCUACAAAAGUGGCGGUGGCAUUGCCCCUAAUUUCACAGAGGUUGCGGCUCAAAAUUGUUCCAGUAGAGACGGUAUUGACGGAGUAAUUGGAAGUACAAAGCGACUAACAAUAGCUGAUGACAAUUACAACUGCAAGAUCUCGGAUAACAAUGAUCAUAGUUCGUGUCUUCCGAGAAGUGUUGUUACAACUGCUGCUUUGCACGAAGAUUUCCACAAAUCACCCGAGCCUGUGCCGCAACAACAAGUGCAGAAAAAAUCGUCCUCAGUAGGAGCAAUUUCGGAGAAUAACGAACUCAGUCACAACUAUCACAUGCUUCAUCAAAUUCAGGAGAGCCGAACCAAUAGUCAGAAUGAUGGACUUGGUGCUUAUGAUGGGGUCGGAAGUGCUGAAAACAUGUCUCCGCCUGUGUCUCCUAUUGGAAUAAGCAGGCCCAUUGGUGAGGGUGUUGCCGCAAGCCCCAUUGGUGCAAGUUUUCUUCUUCGGAGAGAAAACAAAACACUCAGUGAUGACUCUUUGAAUAGUACCAACUACAACGGAUGCUCAUCUAAAUCGUCUUCUCCAACAAAGAUUCCGCAUGCGAAAUCUUUUUCUUCUUCCAAAAAAUCAUUUUUCAUUCCCCACUACGGUUGCACGAGAAUCACUUAUGCGAUAUCAAGGUACAUCUUUGAUGAUACAAAUGACGAUUAUGCUGUGGCGACAUGGCUUGGAUUCUGGGCCCUUUUCAACGUUUCAUGCGCAAAUUACAUCUUAAAGCCAAUAAUGGAUUCCAUAGUCUUGCAACUCGGUGUCGAAAACCUUGCGUCUCUCACUUUCGCCGGCACCAUAUUGUCAUUCUUGAGCAGCGUUCCCAUCGGCUGGUUGUUCGAGGCUCCCGAUCCGAAACGACGAAAGGUUUUUAAGAAAAUGGGAAUGACUCGUGGAGAAACCCAGGGUACUAGCCUAGCACUCUUUUAUCGCUUCUUUGCACUAAGUGCUCUCAGUUACGCUGUGGGAUUCCAACUAGUGGAUUGGGUGAGAAAGUUGGAAUGGAUUAAAAACUACGUUAUCAUCAAAUGGAUUUUCGGAAUAAACGAAGAUGGAACGAACAAGGACGCAAUAAUCCCCUUUUUGCUCGACAAGCUUGGGCAAUUUAUGUAUGUUGCCUUCUUUUUGUUGGUCACGUUGAUGACGCGUCAUUCUACAUCCCUCGUAUGGGGAGUAACAACGGAAGCAAUGGAAUAUGAAGAAAUCGCGCGAAAGCAACAUGGAAAUCCGAGCAAGCCCAAUAAGACCCAAUUAGAACGGCUAAAUCGAAUUCAGUUCGGAGCAACCAUAGGAGGGAUCUGGGGGAGGUAUGUUGGACUUUACUACAUCGCAAAUCUUGUUCUUUUCAGUGCUGACGUAAAUAUACUUUCUUCGUGUUUUUCCUUUCGAUGUAGUGUUCUUGCCUCGUCGCUAGCAAAGAUCCUUCAUCUGCCAGGAUUGUUGGUCGUAUCUGCUUUCCUUUUGGAAAUAUCUGCAGAAUUGUCGAUUGAAUUAGGACGGAUAAUGGAGCAACAUUGGGAAGAACAGAUAAGAUAUAGGUCGAAUCAAGACUUGACUAGUUUGGAUUCCAGUAUGAAGCGUUCGUCUUCUGUUGGUUCGAUGAAACGAGUUGCUUCGGGAAAUAGUAUUUUCGCUGCCCAACAAGCGCAACAACAACAGCAAGCGAUGAAACGAGUAGCAUCGGGAAAUUCGAUUCAUUCUGCCACGAACCGAUCAAGCGGCUCACUUUCGUCGAUGGCUAAUACGGAUCAACAGCAUGCUGCUACAACAAACGAUGUGAUCGACGACAAUACUUUUUGGCAAAGAUUGUUUCGUGGCAUCACCACUAUUUUGGACUCUUAUCUGUUGAUGACGAUCUUUACCUAUAAUGCACUAUUUUCUAGUACGACAACACUGCUCAGUUUCCAACGAGCCGAACUUGUUGCUAAUCGCAAGAAGGAUAGAGCAGUCGAUGUGAGUGCAGAUACAGCAUUUUUGGCUAGAGUMAACAUGGGAAGUUCCGUUGCCAUGUUUGCGAUACAGUCGAGUGGAGCAGGGGCGUCCAUUACGCAUAGGAUUGGAUUACGCGGUAGUCUUGCUUUGAUGCCUUUUAUUCGGCUUGGAAGUUUGAUAUGUCUUUGCUGGUGGCAUCGAUCCACGAGUGGACGUCCUCCCAAUUUGAUUCUCUUUUUGAUGCUAGACGAGUUCACCAAGAUUAUCAAUCUGGCUGUUGCCAAACCCGUGCGAGAAUCUUUGUGGAGAGGCAUGAGCAGCGAGGCACGUUAUGAGGCCAAGCCGAUCAUUGACGUUUUGGCAAACCGCUGGGGUGCAGGAAGUGCUUCUGUUUGCGUCCAUGCUGUCAGCUGGGUUCUCUUGGUUCUAGGGCAGACCAAUGCAGACAACGCCGAUGCUACCGAUCCCGUGGUUUUCGGUCUCCCGCCGGUAUUAUUUUUGGGUCUCAUCGUGUCUGCAUGGUGGGUCGGAGUGAGUUUAGACCUUGGAGAUAGACGUAUCAAAUGCGAUUCAGAACUUGAGCAGAGAAAGAAAAACCAGUAGCAAGACAAACUUAUUGGUACAACUUGUAACUUGAUUUAAUGAUUACAUCAAAGAUCACACUGAAUGAUACACAUUGCAGUUGCAGUUUCGACCAUCAAAAAGAUAGAAUACUAUUAAAUGAAAUAAUAGAGACAAGGACAUCCC